CGGGCCGGGCGGCGGGCGGAGCGCUGCGCCCCCAGCCCGGGCCCGAGCGAUACCGGGCAGGACGGAGCGCGGCGGAAAGGAUAAUUUUCAAGGGUGGAUGGCAGAACCAACUGGCCUUUCUGCAGCUGCAGAACAGAGUGUUCCCACACAGCUGAUGAAGCAUAAAAGGGAAGUUGGUGUUGCUUCUGAGGAACUUGGUUCAGCAAAUGCGGCUACAGACCAGAGAGAGCAAAGGCCAUCGGAAAUAAGUAAAGACUGUGUAUACAGAAGUAGUGGGAGACCUGAGAAAACAGAUAUGAUUAAAUCACUUGUGACAGAUCAGGAUGAAGGUAGAAACUGUGAACUAUACCUACCUACAUCUAGUAACUAUUCAGCAGUGGAGUCACCUGAGGAGGAAAGUGAGGAGGACAUGUAUCGUGAUGCAGAGGAAAUAGAGAGAGAGAAAAUACUGCUUCGUGAGGCAAACUCUUCAGAACAUAAACUAAGUGUUUCACCUGAAAUGGACAUCAUGGAGUAUUGCAGAAAAGAAUGGAGAGGAAACACACCAGUAGCAAAAAGGAUGAGAAAGGGAUAUGAAGCAGUUGCUCAGAAGUUUGCAUCUAUAAGAAGAAUACGAGGUGAUAAUUAUUGUGCUUUUAGAGCAACUCUUUUCCAGGCAUUAAGCCAAGCCACCGAGUUACCAAGCUGGCUGCAGAGUGAGGAUUUGACUAUGCUUCCUGAAAACUUGCUGAACAAGUAUGACUGGAUCAAGCAGUGGCAGCUAAAACAGAAACUGGGCAAGAAGAUGGGAGAAAUAAGUGAUGAAAUUAAAGAGUAUUUAAUACUUCUAAGGAAAAAGUGGAAGAAUAUAAGUGAAAUUAAGGAUCCCAUUGAAAAACAAGAAGCUUGUGAUAAAUUGUUUAAAAAUGAAGAGGAGGAAUACAGUCUCUAUGAAGCGCUGAAGUUUCUGAUGCUUAACACUGCAAUUGAAUUAUACAAUGAUGAUAAAAAUGGAAGAAGAGUGCCUGUCUUCUCCUGGUUACUGUUUGCACGGGAUACAUCUAGCAACCCUUGUCAGUUAAUGCAUAAUCACUUGAAUCAUAUUGGUCACACUGGAGGCCUUGAACAAGUGGAAAUGUUUCUUCUUGCUUAUGCUCUGCAGUAUACCAUCCAGGUGUAUCGGCUCUAUAAAUAUAGCACUGAUGAAUUCAUCACACUUUAUCCCAAUGACCCGGAGGAGGAUUGGCCUGUGGUGACUCUCAUAACCGAAGAUGACAGACAUUAUAAUAUUCCAGUCAGAAUGUGCCAAGAGACGAUGCUGUAAACAAGUGAUUUUUGGCAGACAAAUCUGUGCUGCUUAUUGAGUUUUCCCGGGCUGUAUUGAAAUGGGACAAUGACAAAAUCCACACUAUUAAAUCUACAACAACUUGAAA